AUGGUGCAAAAGCAACCAGAAACACCGAUUAAGCGAGAACGAAACGAGGAACACAUUCCCUGCAUUGAUGGGGAAGGAGUAUACCGUAAAACAUUGCCUACGCCGCCGGAACCACAUCCCUCGAAACGGUGGUCCGAUUCGCUACCACCCAACGAGCGUGUGUUUUACCAUCAAACGCUGAGUUCGGCACGGCGUGCUGCACACUUUGUCAAUCAUGGUAACAUCCCGGUAGAUUCAUUAGAUAUUAAACUAGCUGCCCAGUACAACCAUUCGGAUGAUUUGUUCCUUGGCAAGAAUGAUGUCGUUCUGCAGGACGAAACAUUGGGCAAAAGUACUUUUCGAAGACUUAGAAACACACGGGAUUUGAUUCCGGAGAAGAUUAUCCCGCUCAAACAUCCACUGCUCAUCGGAGGAUUACGCGAAAAGGCAUCACCGAACAGUGUGAAGCUGAUGAACACUGGACCCCAUACACCGCUAACGAACCCCGGCUAUUCGCGUCAGUCGGGAGAUGGAAAUUUCUUCAAUUAUUAAAAU